GUGAGAAAAAACAGGACAAUAUUUCAAACAAAAAAACAAAACAAAACAAAACAAAAAUUAUCUAUCCAUUAUCGCUCAGGUGAGAUAAAAAGGCAAGGAAUCUAAAUCCGAGAGCUGAAAACGAGAGGCAUAAAAAUCUCUCUCUACCUCGGCUCAAGUCUCUCCCUCUCACACCAUGACUCUGGUGGACAGACCUACAGUUCGAAUCUCAAACAUCCCGCGAGCAGCCAUAGCCCAAGAGCUUCUCGAAUUCUUCGAGUUCACGACCGGCAAAGGAUCAAUCUUCGCCUGCGAAAUCGUCACCGAGCGCAAGAACUGGAAGUCCAGAGGCUUUGGCCGAGUCCAGUUCGAGUCCCUGGAAGCCAAAUCAAAGGCCGCAUGCCUCUCUCACCAGGGAAAGCUUCUAUUCAAAGGGUCAAACCUCACUCUCUCCGAUUCCUUCGAUGAUGUCAUUACUCGACCUAUCGAUCCUCAAAAUCGGGUUCAAAAUGGGGUUUUGCAUACUGGUUUUUUGGUGAAAGAUGAUUGUAUGUGUGUGUUGGAGUCUUGGGAAGGUGUCAAGGCCUGGUUUAUGCCUGAAAGGAGGACUAUUGAGUUCUGGGUGGGUCAUGGUGGGGAGUGUUAUAAAUUGGAGGUACUGUUUGCUGAUGUUUUUGGGGCUUCUGGGUAUUCUUCGGAUGGUGAGAAAGCUAAUGCAGUUCUUCUGAAGCUCAAGCAUGCGCCAAAGAUAUACAAGAAAAUUUCUGGACCUAAUGUUGCCUUGAAGUUCAGCACUGAUCGAUACCAUAUCUGCAAGGAAGAUUUUGAGUUUCUUUGGGUCCGCACAACAGAUUUUUCCAGGAUUAGGUCGAUUGGACGAUCAUCUUCACUCUGUUUGGAAAUUGCUGAAGGAUUUUCUGCUUUAGAUAUUUUCACUAGUUUUCCAUAUGAUAAGAAAGAUCUAAAAGAUCUAACUCUAGAAGAAUUGGAAGAAUUUUGUUCUGCAUCUGAGCUGGUUCCAUUAGUAACAUGCCGAUCAGAUUCUAAUUUAGCAUAUGAGAUCCUUUUCCAGCUCAAUUCCCUUGUUCACACACACAAAAUUAGCCUUGCUGCAGUGGAUGAUCUGGUUGACAUCCUUAGCAGUUCAGAUGUGGACACUGCGAUGUUGGUUCUUCAGAAAAUGCACAAGUUGGAGUCUACUUGUUAUGAGCCAGUGUCGUUUGUUAAAACCCGAUUGCAUAUCCUAGGGAACAGUGGCAUGAAUAUUUCUUCGUUAUCACACAGCAGGUUAACAAAUCAUAAUAUAAUGAGUUGUCAUCGAGUCCUAAUUACACCUUCAAAGAUUUACUGCUUGGGUCCGGAACUUGAAUCCUCCAAUUAUGUUGUUAAGAAUUUUGCUUCAUAUGCUUCAGAUUUUUUAAGAGUUACUUUUGUUGAAGAAGAUUGGAGCAAGCUUCCUCCAAAUGCCGUUUCUACUAGUAUUCAGCAAGGUAUCUUUUCAAAGCCUUACAGAACCCAAAUAUAUCAUCGAAUUUUGUCUAUUCUUCAAGAGGGGAUUGUGAUCGGAACCAAAAGGUUUCAAUUUUUGGCUUUCUCAGCUAGUCAACUGCGUUCAAAUGCUGUGUGGAUGUUUGCUUCGAAUGAGAAUGUGAAAGUAGAAGAUAUUAGAGAUUGGAUGGGCUGCUUCAACAAGAUCCGCAGUGUGUCAAAAUGUGCUGCAAGGAUGGGUCAAUUAUUUAGUUCUUCUACGCAAACUCUGGAAGUUCCUCCAAAGGAAGUUGAGGUUAUUCCUGACAUUGAGGUUACCUCUGAUGGUGUUGGUUAUUGUUUCUCUGAUGGUAUUGGAAAGAUUUCCCUCUCUUUUGCUAGGCAAGUUGCUCAAAAGUGUGGAUUGAGCCAUACUCCUUCAGCGUUUCAGAUUCGAUAUGGUGGUUAUAAAGGUGUCAUAGCUGUGGAUCGUAAUUCUUUCCGAAAGCUAUCUUUACGAAGUAGUAUGCUUAAAUUUGAAUCGAAAAACAGGAUGCUUAACGUCACUAAGUGGAGUGAAUCCAUGCCUUGCUACUUGAACCGGGAGAUUGUUUCACUUUUGUCUACCUUGGGAGUGGAGGAUAAAGUUUUUGAGACAAUGCAAGAUGAACAACUUCGUCUUCUGGACAGAAUCCUGACAAGUAGGGAGGCGGCAUUGAAUGUCUUGGACAGUGUGAAUGAGAGUUAUAUUAAAAGCAUUUUAGUAAAGAUGUUGCUUCAAGGUUAUGAGCCGAAUAUGGAACCUUACCUCUCUAUGAUGCUUCAAGCACAUCGUGACAGCCAAUUGACUGAUCUAAGAAGCAGAUGCAGGAUAUUUGUCCCCAAGGGCAGGAUCCUAAUUGGAUGCUUGGAUGAAACAGGCAUUUUAAACUAUGGCCAAGUUUAUGUCCGAGUAACCAUGACUAAAGCGGAGCUACAAUGUGGGGAGCAGGGUUUUUUCAGGAAGGUGGAUGAAACCACGUCUAUACUGAUGGGGAAGGUGGUUGUGUCCAAAAACCCUUGUCUUCACCCAGGAGAUGUUAGAGUUCUGGAGGCUGUCUAUGAGGUGGUGUUAGAGGAGAAGAAUUUGGUGGAUUGUAUUGUCUUCCCUCAGAAAGGGAAAAGGCCUCAUCCAAAUGAAUGCUCCGGUGGUGAUCUUGAUGGUGAUAUAUACUUUAUAAGCUGGGAUGAAAAUAUGAUCCCAUGCCAAACUGUGACCCCCAUGGACUACACUGGGCGAAGACCGCGUAUUAUGGAUCACGAUGUGACUUUAGAGGAAAUUCAUAAAUUUUUUGUUGAUUACAUGAUUAAUGAUACGCUUGGCGCCAUCUCUACUGCACAUUUGGUACAUGCAGACAAUGAACCAGAUAAAGCUCUUAGUCCAAAAUGUCUUCAAUUGGCUACCCUUCACUCCAUGGCUGUUGACUUUGCAAAGACUGGAGCACCAGCUGAGAUGCCUAGGUUUUUGAAACCAAAGGUUUUUCCGGAUUUCAUGGAGAGGGGUGACAAUGUAACAUACACCUCUCAGGGGGUACUGGGUAAGCUCUAUCGUGCCACCUUCGAAACAACAGUGAACCAACAGUCAAACGUUGUUUGGUCAGAGAAGGUCGCACAAGAUGCUUACGAUCAUGAUCUUGAAGUUGAUGGUUUUGAAGCCUUCAUUACAAUUGCAGAGAGCCACAAAAAGAUGUAUUUGGAUAAGAUCAGCACUUUGAUGAAUUAUUACGAGGCAGAGAGUGAAGAUGAGAUAUUGACAGGUAAUCUGCGGAAAAGGUCGACGUAUUUGCAACGUGAUAAUCGGAGAUAUUUUGAGACGAAGGAUCGGAUUUUGGUGUCUAUCAAGAACCUGCACAAGGAGGCUAAAGGGUGGUUUGACAGCAGCUGCACGGUGAAUGAGCAACAGAAGAUGGCAUCUGCAUGGUAUCAUGUGUCCUAUUUUCCAUCAUAUUAUGAAGAAAGCAUUAACUGCUUGGGCUUUCCAUGGAUUGUUGGUCAUAUUUUGCUAAAUAUCAAGUCUGCUAGAAGCAGACAAUUCUGAGUUUAAAUACCUUGUAUAAAAGUGAGAUAGGGCCUGUUUGGUAUGCAUUUUGUUUUUGAUGUUUUGGUUUUUGUCAUGUAUUGUAGCAAUGAACAGUGGAAAAAAAGUGUUUGGUAAAAAAUAUUUUCUUUUGCACAAUGUCAAAAUGUUUCGUGAAUAGUGGUGAAAAAUCUAGACACUAAUUUGGUA